GGCCUGCCCACGGGCACGAGGGGCCGCGAGCCGCCGCCGGUCACCGCGCAGGGACGAGCCGCCGCCCCUGGGUGUCGCAGGUGGCCAUGUCCGAGACGUACGAUUUCCUUUUUAAGUUCUUGGUCAUUGGAAAUGCUGGAACUGGAAAAUCCUGUUUGCUACAUCAGUUUAUUGAGAAGAAAUUCAAAGAUGACUCCAAUCAUACUAUAGGAGUUGAAUUUGGUUCAAAGAUCAUAAAUGUUGGUGGUAAAUAUGUAAAACUGCAAAUAUGGGAUACAGCAGGACAAGAGAGAUUCAGGUCUGUGACAAGAAGUUACUACAGAGGUGCCGCAGGUGCUUUGCUUGUCUAUGAUAUCACCAGCCGAGAAACCUACAAUGCACUUACCAAUUGGUUGACAGAUGCAAGAAUGCUAGCCAGUCAAAAUAUUGUGAUAAUACUCUGUGGAAACAAAAAGGAUCUUGAUGCAGAUCGUGAAGUUACUUUUUUAGAAGCAUCYCGCUUUGCCCAAGAAAAUGAGCUGAUGUUCUUGGAAACCAGUGCACUAACAGGGGAAAAUGUUGAAGAGGCCUUUGUACAGUGUGCAAGAAAAAUACUCAAUAAAAUUGAAUCAGGAGAACUAGAUCCGGAAAGAAUGGGCUCGGGUAUUCAGUAUGGGGAUGCGGCCCUGAGGCAGCUGMGAUCGCCACGAAGAGCACAAGCAGAGAGUGCUCAGGAAUGUGGGUGUUAGAGAAACGAACACAGGAGUCCCAAACACUGAACUUAGGUAUGAAAGCUGUCCAUGCAAAUGGUGUUUGAAGAAGCGGAGAAGGUUUGAGGGCUAUGCAGUUUUUAAAAACCAUCUUCCAACUAUAUAUUCAUAGGACCAGACCACUGGUGGCAAAGUGAACUGUGUAAUGUAAUGCAGGAAUGUGCACGUGACACACAAGACUGCAAAGCAAAUCUGGUAAUUGGUGGACAAUGUUAAGGCUCAUACCUGUAUGUAAACAUUUUCCAUUACGCAUUUUUGUUCCUUCUUCUUUAGUUUAAAGCAUCGCUCUAUACUGUAUAUAAUGUAACAGUAAAUUUACAAAGCAUGAUAUACUUAUAUAUGAUGAUAGAAUGUUGCACUAUAAGCAGUUUAAUAUUUUAUUUUUUUAUCAUAUAAACUAAAAUUUACCUGAAGUAGGCUUUAUCAUGUUUGUUUGUUUGCACACUAGGUUGUAUUUAUUACCUGAAUUCUAAAGGCGCUGGCAUUGAUUGUCAGUGGUGGAUUUUUUUUUCCCUUAGUUGGUCACAUUCUGCAAGCAAUUUACAUGACUAAUACACAGCCCAUGUUUAGGACCCUUACUUGUGUUUACCAGGAUGUCAAUUUGGAAAGCGCAUUUUUAUUGUAGUGCACCUAUCCUGUUUCCUCACAACCCUUAAAUAAACAUCUUUCAGAGGUCUUUUAGCCAACUUCAAAGGUUUAGAGAAAAAAAGAUAUUUCAAAGUAUCAAAUGCCUGUUGACUACUUGAAUUUUUCUGUUUUCUUUGUAUAGCACUGGUGUCACGUGUAGUAUUUGUGUGAACUGAACUGUGCAUAUUCUGUUUGCUUGUAGCACUAGUCCAGGGACAGGGGCUUACAAAAAGGAUCAUGAUAAGGGUUCUCUGAAGCUCUUAUCACUAACCAAGCAAUUAGCUAUGGCAAAAACAACUCCUGCUGCAAGCAUACCCGGCAAGGUACAGACUGAGCCCAAAUGGGUUUCUCCGAGGUAUGCCGAAUGUAAGACACUUCAAAUAUCAAUUUCGUGGCUUUUAAACAUUCAUGAAGUAAAACUAAGAUUUUGAAACUGGAAGCCUAGAGUGUGUAUUUGGGACCUCGCAGCCCGUCGUGCUGGAGCUCGGCCUUGGGCUCGG